UUGAAAGGCAAAAGCAAAGCAGUCCAAUUGAUUUGAUAUUCAAUAAUAAAAAAUAAAAAAAAUAAAUAAACAAAUAGAGCAAAAAAAGAAAUUGAAGUGAAAAUCAGAAACUACUUCGAUGGAGGAGAUAAAGCACAGUAGGCGCUUCAAUGGAGAACUAGCGAGUAGCGAUUUCGAAAUGCGAUUAUGCGACUAUGCGAGAAGCCACGAAGAGGACGGAGUCCACGACCACCGACGGACCGACCACCAGGCGAAGAGAACGGUGGCUGCCUGGCUGGGACGAAGCGAAGAGGCGAACUGAAGAAUGGAGAUGAGGCGAAGUCGCGAAGAGAAGAAGGCUAGGGUUUGAUUGUUUGAAGAAGACAGAAACUCGGGAUUUCGAAAGCAAAUGUCAGUUUUUUUUUUUUUUUUUUCAAAAAAUAACUUAAAAUUUUUUUUUGGGCCUGGUGAGUCACUUGACCCACCAGGUCUAAGCCCAAGUCCGCCACUGAAGAUAAUAUUUAUUUAUGAAUUUUGUACUACAAACACAAAUUAUUUGAGAUUAAAAACAAAUAUACAUAUAUAUUAUAAAUGUAAGAGAUUUUUAUUUAAAUUAACAUAGGGCCUGUUUAAGACGACCCUAAAACUAAAGAACUUUAAUUUAAACUGAGCCUAGAGCCGGAGAUAGUAACUUCAAUUUCCGUUCUCCCGCUGUCUCCAGUAUUUUUAUGCUCGGUAGUUGGUACAUAUGCUCAGGAGUCUUUCACUAUACAAAAUGCUCCAUGAACUUUAAUUUACAAUUUUUAUUCUAAUAAAUUUCUUCUUCCUUCUUUGAAUUUGUUCUAAAAUUUAAGCUGAAAUCCUCCCAGUUUUCGCCGAGCUCAAUCAGGUAGUUGUUGUUUCUCAACUGGAAAAAUGUCCAGGCAAAAAUUAUCCAGUGUCUUCAAAAAUCAAGUCCAUAAUCUAAAAUCUAAUCAAGAAAUUGCUAAACAUAUUUCCCAAUCUUUAAUCUCCUCGAACUUCACAAACUUCCAGAAAUCACCUAUUUUUGGCAACGUCAAUUCACAGAUAACUCAAAUUGUUCUUUCAGACCCACUUGUCCCUGUUACUUCUUGCUUAAGAUUCUUUGAUUUUCUGCGGAAUUCGCCUUCUUCAUCUUCCCAGAAACCUGAUCUUCGGGCCUACAUUACCCUCAUUUUUAGAUUGUUAGAUGCUCGAAAAUUCGCUGUUGCGAAAAAUCUGUUGAAUUCUGUGUCUGUUGAUCAUAAUCUUCGAUGCCCAGUUUCAGAUAUGGUGUCUAUUGUGGAAGAAUGUGCUAGUAAGAGUGAGAAAUUGGGUAAAUGUUUUGAUCUUUUGAUGAGGGUUCAUGCGGAUAAUCAGCAGUUUGAUGAUGCCUUUAAGGUGUUUGAUUAUAUGACUGAGAGAGGGUUUGAAAUUGAGGAGAGGAGUUGUAUGGUUUUCUUGGUUUCUCUUAAGAAAUCUGGGGAAUUUGAGUCAUUGAUCAGGUUUUUUACUAAGAUGGUUGAUUCUGGUGUUAAAAUAACUGUGUAUUCGAUGUCGCUUGUGAUCGAUUGUCUAUGUAAGAGAGGAGAGAUUGAUAAGGCUAAGCAGUUGAUAGAUGAAAUGGGUAGGAGAGGAAUAGAGCAGAAUUCGUAUCCGUAUAAUUCGUUGAUAGUUUAUUUUAUAAGGAAACAAGAUUUUCGGGAAGUUGAUGAAGUGAUUAGGCUAAUGGAGAAGGUGAAUGUGGAGCCUAAUGUAGCUACCUAUACACUUGUGAUCGAUGGAUACGUGAAUAAUGGGAAGAUUGAAGAAGCAGAAAAGAUGUACCAGAAAAUGUGUGAACGAUGUGUGAAGGCAGAUAUGCAUUUAUAUACGGUGAUGAUCAAUUUGUGUUGUAGGAAACAAGACAUGAAGAAGGCUUGCCAUCUUUUCGAUGAAAUGAUAGAGAAAAGCCUUUGCCCGAAUACUCACACUUACGGUGCUAUGGUACAUGGGUUAUGUAAGGCAGGGCAGUUGGACGCUGCAGAGAUGCUUGUGAAGGAGAUGCAAACUAAAGGACUUGAGAUGAAUCGUGUGAUUUUUAAUACUUUGUUAGAUGGUUAUUGCAGAAAGGGAAGAAUGGAUGAAGCAUUGCGGCUGAAGGAUUCCAUGGAGACAAAAGGAUUAAUGCCCGAUGCAUACAUGUAUAACAUUAUGGCAAGUGGGUUGCACAAGUUGAAUCGAAAUGAGGAAGCAAAGACAUUCCUGUACUCGAUGUUAGAGAAAGGGUUGUCACUGAAUACUAUCAAUUAUACUACUUUGAUCGAUAUACAUUGUAAGGAAGGUAAAUUUGCCGAAGCCAGGAGGCUCUUUAAAGAGAUGGAGAGAAAGGGGGAAGGCCCUAAUGUUGUCACAUAUAAUGCUUUGAUUGAUGGAUACUGUAAGAAAGGUACGAUGAAGGAGGCUCAUGAACUCAAAAAUGAGAUGGAGGAAAGGGGAGUAACGCCUGAUGUCUACUCGUACACGUCAAUAAUACAUGGUGAAUGUAUAAAUGGAAAGAUGGAUUAUGCACUGGAAUUGUUCAAUGAAAUGUCUAGUAGGGAGUUAGUUCCAAAUGUAGUUACUUAUACAGCAGUGAUUGCAGGCUUGUCGAAGGCCGGAAAAUCAGAUGAAGCUUUCAAAUUGUAUGAUCAAAUGAUAGAAGCAGGCCUUACUCCAGACAGUACAGUAUAUACUUCACUCGUGGGAAGCCUUCAUUCAAGCUGAGGCCUAGGUCAAAUUUUUACUGAACUUGGAAAUUUUGGUAGGAGUCAAACUCAUUUUGUUGUGACUUUAGGACUUUAACUUUUUCAAUUGUAUUAGUACACCCUCUCCCUAUAAUGAAAAAUGUGUCAUUUGUAUUCUUGUUAUAUCUCUCUUACAAUUGUUAUAUUACUUCUCCUAGUCCAACCUUGUCAAUGAAACAAGUUUGGGGGAUGUAUUCAAACCAUCAAAACUUUUACUAACAUUUUCAUAGUACAUAAGCCAA